AUGCUCCAAAAUCCCUCCUGCACGAAACCUGGCUGCCCCUUCAAAGGCGGUGCCGAGAAAGGUGUCUGCACCGGUACAAGCGGCUACCUUGCCCACUACGAGGUCCAAGACAUCCUCGCCAAGCAAAACAAGAAGAAGCGUGCCAUCCAAGUGAUUCACGACAGAGAGGCCGCCGUCAAGUACUUCUCGUGGGACAACGACCAGUGGAUCUCGUUCGACGACAGGGAGACAUUUGCGCAAAAGGUCAAAUGGGCUGACAGCCUCGGACUGUCCGGUUCGCUGAUCUGGGCGUCAGAUCUCGGUGACUAUGAUAACAACGCGCACAAGACCUUGACGGGCAAUGAAAAGCUUGAGAAGCGAGGGAGCCUGAAGCCCGUGAAUGACAUGGAAAAGGUCAUCGCCGAUACCAGUUCGUUUCUGGGGAAAGGCUGUGAGAUGCUGGACAAGAUUGAGGAGGAUAUCACAGCUUACAAGGGGGCGCUGGAGUUGAAGACGACGAAAGAGCUUGUUGGGUAUGAUGCUCAUGGCUGCAAGGCCAAGAAGGGAAAAACAUGCGGCGAACCUAUCGUCUGUCCCAUCUCGGCUGGGUUCAAGGACAAAUGCAUGUGGCGCGGUUCAGGGGGUGACUGCAAUGGGCAGUGCCGCGAGGGCGAGAUCAAGAUUGCCGGAUCCAGCUGGGGUGGCAGUCCUGGCGAGUCUGGCACCAAUCGAUGCAGCCGUGGUGGUAAGCAACUGUGCUGUCAGGUUGGGCUAGACAAGAUCAACGACGGGUGUUACUGGACUGAAGGAUGGCCGACGAGGAAAAAGGUCGCUUACGCCACCGAGAUUCAUGAAAAGUGCUGGAAGCACGAUGAGUCGCUCAAGAAGCGCCUUCAUAACAAGGGUGGCGAAAGAGAGCUCUCUGCUGUGAAGUGA